AUGUAAAAUCAAAGACUAUUUUAAGAAUUUUUAAAUAGCAGCGACCUUUUAUAAUAUAAAGACUAGAAAUUCUUAAAAGUUAUAAGAAUACUUCUAGAUUAAGCAGUAUUAAGCUAGAAUAACUACUUGUUAAGAGGAUAAGGAAUCAACUAUGAAAUUAUAAUUUAACUUCAUAAAAAGCAAUGCGCUCAAAAUAACCAAUAUUGUUUUUGUCAAAAAUUUCGAAGAAAUGAGAAUAAAGAGUCAUUGCAAAUUGAGGAAUUAUCUGAGCAGCAUUUCAGGUAAGAAUAUGCUCAGCUUGUUAUAUUAUAAUUAAUAGAAGUAUUUAUCUAAAGCAGUCAAAAGAACAACUAGAGAGAAAUUUCUUACUUACUAAAAUUAUCAUAUUUGAGUUAUCUUUAUGAAAUAAUCAAUAAUCCAACUAGAGCUUUAGUAUAGAUUUAAAAAAUAUCAAUAUAUAUUUUAAAUAAAACAAAUAAAACUAGUUUGAUUAAUUUAUUUUACUUUGAGUAAUUGAAGCUAUAAAUUUUAAAUGAUUAUUAAACAAAGCUAUUUGACUCUAACAUAGAAAAUUAAUAGCUAAAUAUGAUGGAAACCAUUCUAUUUGAUGAUAAAAUAAAUACUUGCAAAGAAAUAUUUAGUUCUCUUUUAUUGCAAAUAGGUCAUUUCUAUGAUUUUUUGAGUGGAAACAAUAUUUAAUUGCAUCAGUUAGAAGAAAUGUCUGUCCCUUUAAUAAAUUUAAACUAAAAUUUAGAAUAAAAUAUUAUUGAGCUUUUUUAAAUUAACCCUUCAGAUUUUGACCUAAAAUAUCUAACUAGUAUAUAUAUCUAGCUCAUAGAUUUCUAAAACAGAAGAAUUAAAGAAUUUCAGUAAACAGCUUUGGAUAUUUCAAAAUAGAAAACUGAUAAUUAAAAAAAAUUAGUUGAAAUAGGCUAAAGUUCAGAAAAAAUUUGUGUGUUUUUCACAUCCUUCAUAGAAAAAGAAUUUUUGAUUAAAAAGACUUCAAAAGAAUUUGAUAAAAUAUUUGGUUACAGUCCUGAGUUCAUCCAGGGAAAAUAGCUAAAUAUUUUAAUACCAAAUCUUAUUAAAAGGUAACACAACCAAAUGCUUUAGUCAUUUAUCGACGAAUAAUCUAUGGACAUUGUUUAUUAAGGUGAAAGAAAUCUAUUUGGCUUGGAUAAAAAAGGUUUUAUUUUUCCAAUUAGUUUAAGAGUUAAAAUACAAGUUUUUGAAAACGAUUUAGGAGUCUGCGCUCUUGUUAAGAAAAAUAAAUAAAUUUUUUCUUACAUAUUUUUUGAAAAUGAAGGAGUAAUCACUGAUUUUUCGAAGAGAAUAUUUGUAGACAUAUUUUAAUCUCUUGGAAUUUAAAAAUAACAAUAGCUAAAUAUUUUUGAAUUAAUUCCAUCUCUUGAGGAGAUAAUCAAUACUUAAUAGAUAAAUAAACAUAUAAGCGCUGUUUUAGUUGUAAAAGAAUAGUAUUCAACCUUUACUAGUAAUAAUCGCUUUUCACAACCAAAAUAAGUGAACAAUUUAUUGACACAAAAUGAUGAAAUUUUUCAAAUAUAAUUUAGAUUUUUUAGUCGUCAAACAAAAAAUAAAGUUGAUGUUAAUUAUAUUGAAAUUGAUUUUUACUCAAAAGAAACAAACCCAGUUAAAAAAUCUAUGAUUUUAGAUCAAUUAAAUAAAUAAAAAAUAAAAAAAGAAUCUUUAAUAUUUCAAAAAUCAGAAGGCUAAUAAACUAUAGAAUUCGCCAACUCUUAAUAUCAAUAAUGUUUUUCUACAAAGGAUUUCACCUAUGUUUUUGAUAAUUCUGAUUAAAAUCCGAACAAAUAUAAGGAAGAUAUAAAACAUUAUUAAAAUAAUUUUUAAAAAUAGCAAACAGAAAAAAGUAAAUCCAGUAAAACAACUGAAUUAACUUAAAACUAAAAUGAUACCAAUAAACUUACAUUUUAAAAUAGUAACAAUAAUUAUCUAAGAUAUUUAUCUGAUUAAGCUUUUUAGAAAAGCUCUGAAAAUUCAAAUAUUAAUCAAAGAAACUAUGAGCUAAAAUAGCUCAAUUUAAAUGGAUUAUCUGAUAAAUAAAAUUAAGAACUUUAAUUAUCAAUGAUUAAUUCUCCAAACAAAGUUCUAACUAGUGCUGUAGAUUAAACAGAAAUGAUUUUAUCUCCUGCUUUUUCUUAUUAAGAAAAACAAUAAUUUCUGAUAAAUUAGUCAAAUGAAAAUUAUAAUUUAAAACUUUAUUCAUAAUAAGUUUAACAAAAUAGUAACAACUUACAAGAAAUAUCUCUAAACAACAUUUCUUCCUACUAAAAUCUAAAUAGGUAGCAUAGUAAAAACAACAUAGCGCAUUAUUAGCAUAUCAAAUAAAAUAGCUUCUUCGAUAAUAAUUUUUAGCGAAAAAAAACAACUGGUGAAGAGUUAUCAGUUAACAAAAGAGAAUCUAGAAGUUUUAACAACUUUAGAGAAUAAGAUGAUUAAAAGCAAGAGUAAAAAAAUGAAAUAGCUAGCGUAAAUUCUAGUAAGUACAGUACUGAGGAAAUAAUGAAAAGGAAAAUGAUACAAAGAAUAAAAAAAAAGGAUUUUAAUAGAGGAUUACAGCUUAUGGUUUUAGCAGGAAUUUCAGCAUUUGUUAUUUUAAGUAUUGUAUCACUUAUCAUAUAUUUUGAAAAUUUAAAUAGUUUAGAUUCUUUUGUUUUAUCAUUUCUAAAGAUUGAUCAUGCUCUUUACUGCUUUAUUGAUAUAAUGAAUUUUGUUGCACUCAAUAAUUACUAAUCCGUUUUGGGAGGUUAAUCUUUAAUUAUAGAUAAGCUAGAUCUUUAAAAUUAGGAGUAUAAACAAUCAGAUUAUUAACAAUAAGCGAUAUUGAAAGAUUACAGUGCUAACUUAUAAAAUAUUGUUCUUAAUAACGAUAGUACCGAUUAGCUUAACGAUUUAUAAAAUAAUUUAUUUUAAGUUUAAAUUUACUCUUCUGGAUUUUACAAUAAUAAUAGAGUUUAAAAAAACUCAACCACUACUUUUGAAUAGAGUCUACAAUACACUCUGAUGUAAUUUUUCUAUGAAAUAAGAUAUUAUUAUAUUAGUUUUGAGGAGUCGCAAGAAGAUUUUAUUUGGGGAAACAUCGUCAGUUUCAAAUAAAGAAUGAAAAAUUUACAGUUGAUUGUAGAAAAUUAUGCGACAGAGUAAUUUAAUAAAAUGAAUUUGUAGUAGAUAUCUGCUAUUGUUUUAUUUACUUCUAUCAGCGCAUUUUUAGUAUUUUCAGUUUUACCUCUUAACAUUCUAAUUCAAAUUUACAAAGAAAAAAUUUUGAAGCUAUUUGGAACGUUUUAACCUUCGAUAAUAGAAUUUUAAAUAAAGCAAAUAGAGCUUGGCCUUUUUAAAAUCGAGUAAAUCAAUAUCUUGGAGCAAACAAAUAACAGCACUUACUCUAAUAAACGAUCUACAAGUAAAAGAAAGUAAAUAUAACAAGUAAGGGAUUUAAAUUUCUAUUCGAAUUAGUAAGAUCAAGAAUAAAAAUAUGAAAAUAAAUUAAACUAUCAAAUUCCUCUUUAUGUUCAAAGAAAAGCAGAUAAACGAACUAGACAAAUAGCAUCUUUUAGCAAAAUUCCAAAAUUCAAUUUUUUUUUAUUUUUUUUAGGAAUUAUUGCUGUAGCUCUGUUACUAAUCAUUCCAAUAUUAAAUUUUGUUGAAUUCAAUCCUUUUGAAAGAGAAUCAAAAGUUACUCUGAAUGAUAGAAUUUCUUUAAUUGAUGUCUUGUCUUUAAUAAUUGAAAACUAAUCUCCAUAAAUGGAGCAAGUUUAUUUAAUAGCUAUUGGUAUACCACCUUAGACCUCUUACUAUUAAAGCUAUAUACAAAAUCUCUAAGAUUAAAAUAACUAAGUCUUCUAAUACUUUUAAAAUUUAACUGCCGACUUAGGAGUUGAACGAAAUAAUUAAAAAAUAUUCAUGGAUUUUUAUUAAAAUCUAUUAAAUGAAAACGUGUGCUCUGUUAGAGAAAAUUAUCCUUAAUAUUUUAAUUCAAAUAUAACUUAAUCUCGAUGCAACUAAUUAUUUAAUGGAAUAUUGUAACGAGGUUUAAUAUUCUCAAUCUAAAAAGUGUUUUAGACAUUUUAAGAAAUAUAUUAAAUCUAUUAAAUUCAAGAUAUUCAUGUGCUGAUCAAAUCAUUUAAGUAUCUAUAAAAAUCUUAUUCGUUUAUAGAAUUUAAGCAGUUAAUUCAAGUAAUCUCAGAGGUUGUAAAUGCAAUAAGACAGUACUAAAAUGAACAGUUGUAAUAAUAUGAAAUCAAUUUAAAGCAGAAUUUGCUUUAUUUAUUUAUAAUUCAAUUAGUAAUUAUUUGUCUUGUAUUUUUGAUAGGUUGGCUCUACCUCUUUUAAUGGUUUAGAAACUAACUCCAAAGGGCUACCAAAAUAUUCACACUAUUUCAUAUAAAUCUUCUCUAUGAAAAUGAUUUUAUUUAAUCAUACUUUAGAAAAAUCUCAUAGAAGUAAAGUUGA